GUGCAUCAUUGCUCCAUAGUGUCCUGGAUGAUGACUGCUCACCGGAUGAGCGAGCGAUACACAGAGGUCAGACGUAAAGGGCUUCUACUUGUAAUGGUGCUUCUAAUUAGUGUCUGGGAAAUGACGGUACCAGCAGAGGGCGCUACAGCAGUACACCAUGUCAGGACAGGGACUUGUGAGGUUGUUGCUCUGCACCGCUGCUGCAACAAGAACAAAAUCGAGGAGAGGUCACAAACAGUGAAGUGUUCCUGCUUUCCUGGACAAGUGGCCGGCACCACCAGAGCAGCCCCAUCCUGUGUAGACGCCUCAAUAGUGGAGCAGAAGUGGUGGUGUCAGAUGCAUCCGUGCCUUGAUGGAGAGGAAUGCAAAGUUCUUCCUGAUCUGAAGGGCUGGAGCUGUGCUACAGGGAACAAGAUCAAGACUACAAAGGUAAGACACAACAAGGCUUCCUGUUCAGGAAUCCACACCUGGAGCCUGGAGCCUGGAGCCUGGAGCCUGGAGCCUGGAGCCUGGAGCCUGGAGCCUGGAGACUGGAGCCUGGAGCCUGGAGCCUGGAGCCUGGAGACUGGAGCCUGGAGCCUGGAGCCUGGAGCCUGGAGACUGGAGCCUGGAGCCUGGAGCCUGGAGCCUGGAGCCUGGAGCCUGGAGCCUGGAGACUGGAGCCUGGAGCCUGGAGCCUGGAGCCUGGAGCCUGGAGACUGGAGCCUGGAGCCUGGAGCCUGGAGCCUGGAGCCUGGAGCCUGGAGCCUGGAGCCUGGAGCCUGGAGCCUGGAGCCUGGAGCCUGGAGCCUGGAGCCUGGAGCCUGGAGCCUGGAGCCUGGAGCCUGGGGUCCAGACAGAUGUCUUUAA